UUUCGACCUAGACUGCGAAUAGCGAACGCCUCUCGAGAUGACUACUCGUGAUCGCACUGUGACAACUCAGUUCCGUCGCAAUGUACGCUAGGCGUAUCGCGCACUGGUUGCUUGUUCUCGUCUGUGGAUGGGUUGCUUACUUAACUAGACGGUUUCUACUGGACACUAUCUCACGAAUAUCAGCAUACACGCCUUUGCACGUCAAAUGUCGCAACUCCGCCUAUCCUCGUACAAACGGACUGCAGCGCGUCUUAGUUCCAGAUGAGUUGGUCGAUUGGCGCGUCCCAUGGGAAGAGUAUUUGCCUAUCGCCUACACAAAUCAGAAAAUUCUGGGAAUGGUUUGGGCUGAUCCGGAUAUACAAGCUCAUCCUGAAAUUAAGUUACGGUUCAAUGAGGUAGACGGCAAGGUGGAUCGCACCAGCUUCAUGGGCAGAUACCGUUUGGACAGCAAUGGACUCCCACUUAAUCCUCGCGGUAGAACUGGUAUCACUGGUCGUGGUGAACUUGGCCGGUGGGGUCCAAAUCACGCGGCGGACCCUAUCGUCACCAGGUCGGUUUACAGCUUUGUAUUACUAUACUUCGAUUUGUCUGGCUUUCAUUUGCUACGUAUUCAUGUAUUUACUGGCACAUUGCCAUCAAAGUACCCUUCAUAA